UUGAUGUUCAUUGAAAUGCAAUGUUCCUUUUCUCUCCAGCUUCAGAGUAUAGUUGAGAAAGACCAAGAUGUGAUUCCUAUUGGAAAGACAGCAUCAGAGACAUAUGAUGAAGAGGAAGAUGAAGGUGACAUUGAAUCUGAAGAGGAAUCAGAAGAAGCAGAAGACCCUGAAGCUGAGGAGAUGAAUGAUUAUGACCAAGAGUCACCUGAAGAGGUUGAAAUGGACAUGAACAAUGAAGAGGACAUAUGGGUUGGUCUACAAGAGUGAUGAAUGGUAUUAAUGCUAGAAAGUGGUAAUGGCCUGCUCAGCAUUUAUGCUUUGCUAAGUCUUAUUACUUACAAGCAAAAUUACAAAGCUUGAAUGAAAUAGGACAGGAGAGCAAGGGGAUAGUGACUCAGUCCAUUGAAUAGAAAAUUUGUGAACAUAAGCAUUUCUCUGUCCUGAUUUUUCAAGGGUGGUUUUAAAGUGUAAUAUUACUGGGUGGCAAAAAGAUCUCUAUGUUUAUAUAGAUUUUAACUACCUUAGAGAUCAGACAGAAAUAUUUUAAUUUUGUGAUAAUGUUAAAAUAAAUAGAUAUAAAUACAGUAAAUUUCAAUUAGUUCCGUACAUAAUAUUUUUCAUGAAUGGUGAAUAGGGGAGAUGAAACUAGCUUUCUAUAGAGGUGUGAUCUGAAAUUCAGGUGUACUAAUCUGGAGUUGCUUGGGGAUACCAAAGUUACUAAAAGGGGAAGUCAGUAGCGCAUGUAAUGAAAGACUGAGAAAGGGUGACCAACAGCAUUUGGUAGGUAUUCGCAGAUCAUCAUUUGGGGUUGAGGGGGCAAUUUUUACAUUUUAACUCUUUUUUUUUUUUAAUAAAAAAUGCUAACAAAAUUAGAAACAAAUAUACUUUGCCUCCUUCAUCACCACCUCAUUUUCCCUACAUUUCAAAAACAACCGCGUGCCGAUAUGCAGAAGUUUACCUACCUAAUGCUAUUAGGUGCCCUUCCUGGAACUACAAAAUUGAUCAUUACAAUAUCUCACUGAAGUGUCCAGUCUUCCCCUUGCAGUGUCUUUGGCGGAACUCAUGACAUCAUACUUUGUACCAGCUUCUUUAAGCAUUAGUCCACAGAUCUUAACUCACAGCAGGAGUGAACUGUUCCAGUAUUGUAUAGGUUCCUGUAAAGGUUACUGUUGAUUUUAUUAUGUUCUCUUUAACGCUGAUCGAUGACAUGUUUCAAUCAAAGCAGAAAUUACACUGAAAUAAGUGAAACACAUGAGUAAAUCUUGGACGGAAUUCUUUUCAUUUAUUCAGAAAAAUAAUUCAGUAAAAGGCAAAGUUUUAUCAAGGUGUAAUGAAGUAUCAUAAAAGGAUUGCAAGUAUGUGUACAAAGACCAGGCCUGUGAGAGGGGUCAUUCCAUGCCAAUUCACCCAAUGAAUGUGCAAUUUUGCACCCGACCCUCUCAGAAUUCGUUGUAAUUUGGUACACAUAAAAUUCACCAUGGCCCACGUACAAAACAAAAAAAAUUAGUCCAAUCGGUCCGUCGGUUCUCAUGCUACGGCCCGCCCUUUUCUCAUUGUUUUGACAAAAAUGGGCGUGACCUUCAACUUUCAAUGGCCAUUGCGCCGUAACGUGUUGACAAAUUUUCACGAAACUGGUACCAUUCAAAAGGAAAUUCAGAGAAGAAUCCAAAACAUGCGUCAAAUAAUGUAUUGGAGCGAUUUAUAAGGUCAUGACCUUUGACCUUUACUUUGACCUUGAGUUUGACCCCCGGACAAAUAAUUUUUUUACUUGAUUUUCGUGUAUGUUAAUCAUUAGUAUGAUAUUAACAAAAUAUAUUAAAACCAAUGAUAAUAUUUUAUUUCUUCACAUUUUAAAACUCUUCCAAAGAUACCAAUUAUCUGAUCUGAAAUUUCAAUCUAGUCCCACAUACUGAUAUUCAUGUUAGUAAAGUGUUUACCAGUCCCAUGAUAUAUGAUUUCUUCCCAUUUUAAGUUACAGUAUGCAAACAGAUGAAAAGAAAUUAAGCUUAUCAGUUGAUAAAUGAAACAUUAAACAUUUAUGCUCAUGAAUAGGCAUCUAUUCAGGCAUUUUGAUAUUGGGCAAUAUAUAAUAACUCAUUAUUAGAAAACGGCUGGGAACUGCAAUAUCCUGCUUUCUAGUCAGCUGUACUCCCCCAAAGUGGAUACAUCCUUCAGAUCCUUGAAGUAUCAUAAUGAUGUUAGAGAUGGAUGAUCGAUUGGAGAGAUAAUAUUUUUUCUAACUAUCCAGCAGGUACAUUUAUCCAUCUUUACACUGCACCCCUAUGGAACAACGCAGUGUCUGACUUUUUUUUCAUUUUUUUUU